AUGUAUCUAUCAACCUCUUCACAUCUAUUUAUCUAUCGAUAUCUCAACCUCUUCACAUCUAUCUGUCUAUCUAUCACCCUCUUCACAUCUAUCUAUCUAUCUAUCUAUCUAUCUAUCUAUCUAUCUAUCUAUCACCCUCUUCACAUUCAUCUAUCUAUCCAUCUAUCUAUCUAUCUAUCCAUCCAUCCAUCUAUCCAUCCAUCUAUCUAUCCAUCUAUCUAUCAUCUUCGCAUCUAUUCAUCUAUCUAUCUAUCUAUCUAUCUAUCUAUCUAUCUAUCUAUCUAUCUAUCACCCUCUUCACAUCUAUCUAUCGAUAUCACAAUCUUCACAUUCAUCUGUCCAUCAACCCAUCAUAUUUAUCUAUCAACCCCUUCAUAUCUAUCUAUCUAUCUAUCUAUCUAUCUAUCUAUCAUCUAUCUAUCUAUCAUCCCUCUCUUCACAUCUAUCUAUUUAUCAAACCUCUUCACAUCUAUUCAUCUAUCAAUCUAUCUAUCAUUUAUGUAUCAUCUAUCUCAUCUAUCACCCUCUUCGCAUCUAUCUAUCUAUCUAUCUAUCUAUCUAUCUAUCUAUCUAUCUAUCUAUCUAUCACCCUCUUCACAUCUAUCUAUCGAUCACUCAACCUCUUCACAUCUAUCUGUCUAUCAACCUCUUCAUAUUUAUGUAUCAACCGAUUCAUAUCUAUCUAUCUAUCUAUCUAUCUAUCUAUCUAUCUAUCUAUCUAUCUAUCACCCUCUUCACAUCUAUCUAUCUAUCUAUCUAUCUAUCUAUCUAUCUAUCUAUCUAUCUGUCGCGCUUAUUAGCCCAAGUAUUUUUUAUCUAACUAUUUAUAUCUAUCUAUCUAUCUAUCUAUCUAUCUAUCUAUCUAUCUAUAUAUCUUUGCUCAUUUCUCUCUAUCUAUAUUUACUCAUUUUUAUCUAUGUGUUUAUUUCUAUCUAUCUAUCUAUCUAUCUAUCUAUCUAUCUAUCUAUCUAUCUAUCUACUCAUUUCUAUCUAUCUUUCUAUCUAUAUUUGUUCUUUAAUAUCUAUCUAUCUAUCUAUCUUUGCUCAUUUCUCUCUAUCUAUAUUUGCUCAUUUUUAUCUAUCUGUUUAUUUCUAUCUAUUAUCUAUCUAUCUAUCUAUUCAUUAUUAUCUAUCUAUACGCAUUUCUAUCUCUCUUUACGUCUGUUUUGUUCUUUAAUAUUUUUUAUUCAUUCAUAUUUUUUUAUUUUUUCAUAUUUUUUUAUUCAUUCAUAUUCUUCUAAAUUCCCGAAUAAAAACCGUUUCACUAAUCAUCAGGCGAAGCGCCAAUUCUCUUAUUGA